GAGCUCAUGUAACGUCUUAAGCUGCUGGCCUCGCCUUCGUCUCCUCAACCAUCAUGACCAGCAUGACGACCCAGUACCCCGCGCGGACGAUGGAGGAGUGCGACGCGAUCCUGACGGCGCCCGGCGCUGUCGGAGAGGUCGAGGAGGUGAUGGUCAACGGCGUCAAGCAGCGCGUGUGGAAGAAUCAACCGACGAACUACCGCGUCGCCCUCGAGGACGGCUUCACAAAGUACGCCGAGCGCGUCAUGUACGUGUCCCCGCUGCCGAACUCGCCCGAGUACGAGGAGGUCACGUAUGCUGAGCAGCGGCGGCGCGUCGUGCACCUCGCGGCGUGGUUGCGCACCCAGGGCAUCCGGCAGGGCAGCAAGGUUGCGGUGGGCGGCGACAACAGCUCGCGCUUCCUUGUCGUGCCGUGGGCAGCGCACUAUCUCGGCGCAGUGCCCGUCUUCAUCAACUCUACUCUACACAACGACGCGACCGUACAUUGUCUCGGGAUCACGAAGCCCGAUAUCGUGCUCGGCGACGCCGACUUCGUCGCGUCGAUCGUGCCAAUCAUGGGUCGGUUGAAGGAGCGCGGCGUGGGCCCAGUUUACAGCUACGACCCGACGGAGCACCUGUCGUCCGAGCUGCGCGCGGCGAUUGCCCGCAUCCCCGACUUCAACCCUACGGCGACGCAGCUGCGGCAGAUCGAGAGCGGCGAAGGCCUCGGCCUUGAAGUCAUGACUCCUGAGUCUGAAGGCCACAUCUUCUUCACCUCCGGCACGUCGGGCAUGCCGAAGGCCGUGCUCUCGAACCAGCGCGGCGCGCUCCACAACUACGUCUCGGGCACGUUCGCAGGCCUGCGUGCGGCGCUGCGAGCCGGCGCGACGUAUGAGCAGGCGACGGCGCACCCGGUCGCGCAAGCGUGCAUGCUCGUGCCGGCGCCCCUGUUCCACGUGACGGGCUGCAUCUCAUGGACGACGCGGCAGAUGACGACUGGCGCCAAGAUCGUGUGGAUGAAGCGCUGGAGCGUGCCCGAGGCCAUCCGCCUCAUCGAGAAGUACGACGUCAACGUCCUCGGUGGAGUGCCCGCCACCACCAAGGCCAUCUUCCAGUCGCCGCUGCUGCCCAAGACGCGCAUGUUUACCGCCAUCUCGUCGGGCGGCGCGCCGGUGCAGGCAGGGCUUGUCACCGACCUCACGAAGCGCUUCCCGGGGAUUUCGUGCUCUAACGGCUGGGGCUUGACAGAAACGAACGGCCUUCACAACGCGCUUACUGGGCGCGACUACCUCGAAAACUCGGAGAGCUGUGGGCCCACCAUCCCAAUUUGCGACGUUGAAAUCCGCGACGCCGACACAGGGCGCGUAUGCGGUCCCGACGAGAUGGGCAUCAUCUGGGCGCGCGGCUCCAACGUCAUGGUGUGCUACUACGGCGACGAGGCGGCGACGCGCAAGGCCAUGACUCCCGACGGGUGGUUCAACACGGGCGACAUGGGCAGCCUCGACGCCCGCGGCUUCCUGUACAUCCGCGACCGCGCGAAGGACAUCAUCAUCCGCGGCGGCGAGAACAUCGCCUCCGCAGAGGUCGAGAAUGCGCUCGCGCGCCUCCCCGAGACGGCCGAGGUCGCCGCCGUUGCCGUGCCCGACCCCGUGCUCGGCGAGCUAGUGGGCUGCGCGGUCUCGCUGGCGCCAGGCAAGUUCCUCACGCCGCAGAUGGUGCUCGACCGCGUCGCGCCGAUGCUGCGCUACGCCGCGCAGCCCGUGUUCUGCCACAUCUACGAGGGCGAUUUGCCGCGCAAUGCCAACGGGAAAAUCAGGAAGGACGUUGUGAAGAAGGAGUGUGCGGAGCGGUGGGUCAAGUUGACGGGCGGGAAGCGCUGGGUCCGCAACAAGGCCAAGCUGUAGUUUGAGUUGUAUACUUAGAGAUCAUGGAUGAACACAGUGCAGCAGUC